AUGGUUUUAAAGGCGGAAUACACUAAGAGCCCAACUGCAAACUUCCGCUCCAAUGUGUCCUGCAGAUCCCUGUCAUCCAGUAAGGCUGGCCCCAGUGGCCCCUCCAGCCUCUCAGAUGGGGAGCUGGCCCGUAACUUACAGGACAGCGUCAAGCACCGCAUCCUAUACCUCUCAGAGCAGCUGAGAGUGGAAAAGGCCAGCCUGGACAGGAACACUGUGGGCUUCCUCAAGCUGGUGUCCACAGCUGGCCGGCAGCAGGCCCCCCAUGUCUGGCAGGCCUUAGAGAAGGUGAACCAGCGUGCCUCUGCCACCGUUGCCCAGAUUGAGCGAAGGCUCCACCGGUGUCACCAGCAGCUGCAGGAGCUGGAGGAGGGCUGCAGGCCCAAGGGCUUAGUGCUGAGGGCAGAAAGCAGCCUGGGGUACAACCGUGAGCAGCCCAGCGAGAAGGCUCUUUCAGAGUCCCCCAAGCCAGGUGCGGAACACUGCCCAUCCACCGACCUGUUUGAUGUAAUUAGACACCUCUCUCCAGAGAGUCACUCCGCAGCCUUGCAGCGGGGGAGGUCCUCGGAGACCAAGCAUGGGGCCCAGCUGUGAGCCCUGCUGUGGCAGAAGGUGAAGGAAGAGCGGAUCAAAGUCAAGACCUUCCACCUCAGCUUGCAGGUGUCCUAUCAGAGCCUCAAGGAGCGGUAUGUGACCAACCUGCAGGCAUCGCUGGAGUCCCUCUGAGAGGAGAAGUGCAGACAAGUGCAGCUGGAAGGACAGGUGAAUGAGCACCUACAGGGGCACCUGGACAACAUUUACCACCUCAAACAGAAUCUGGCCUGCGCCGAGGAGAGAAUGGCCUAUCUGUCCUACGAGAGAGCCAAGGAGAUACGGGAGGUUAUGGACACGUUCAAGAGCCGUGUAGCCAAGUUGGAGGCUCUGCAGCAGGUGACCCAACUGGAGGUGACGGAGAGCGUGCGUAGCCGGCCCCGGGGCUGCCUGUGCCGCUGCGCGCCGCUGCUCACGCUGGCCACCGUCCUCCGGGUCCUGGUCUCCAGCGCGUGCGCCUGCCCAGUGCCGCUGCUGAGCUCGCGCCUGCGCACGGGCACCGCGCUCCUGCUCGUCGGGCUGGGUGCCCUGGCCUGGCAGAAGCAGCGUGCCGUCCCCGCCGCAGACCGGCAGGCCCGGGUCCCCUCCAGAUGGAGACUGUGUUCCGGGGAUUCCAAGCCUCUACCAGAGGGGCCGUAA